UUGCAUUUAUGACCAAGUAGUGAUCAGUCUAACAUUUGUGGUGUUUGUGGUGUUUAAUGACUCACUGGUCAAACUUGAUUUGCUCCUUUUAUAUGUUCUCGUCUAUAUAAAUCUGAUCUUACAGUACACACUCCUUUAAGUUGGCUGUUGACGCUCGCUCAUCAUGUGGCUGCUGUUUGGACUUUGCCUCUCCUCUUCACUCUUUCACUCAGGUAAUGUAAAAUAAGGUGAUCCGUAACUAAUGACAAUUACAGAAAAUGAUUAUAAGGAAAUGGAUUAAACCUCAAAGUUUUCCUUAAAAUAUUGGCAAUUUUACUCAUUUUUAUUUGUUUUCUGUUGUGACGAACAGUUCAAAUGCUGAUGUGUUUGAGUGAUUCAGGCCCUCAGAGCUCAUCUUUAGUAACCUGUCCUGACAAGCAUUAUUGUGCUGUUUUUAGGACCAAUUCAGCCGGAAUUUCAGUUAUUCGGCGGUCUUGUGUACCAGCUGAAUUCUGCUAUUAUUUUGUAAGCAGCACUGCAUCAUUCAAUGUUGGGUAUUAUAAUAUGACUAUUUCAUGCUGCAACACAGAUGGGUGCAACGAUGGCAUUCUGCCCGGUGAGAUUAAUCCUAUACAUUGAUUAUAUACAACUGAUAUUAUCUAGUAUUAUUUCAUAACACUUGUAUAAAAAAUAUAAUUUAAAUAAAUGUAAUGUUUGUUACAAAUAUAAAAUACAAAUACCAAAAAUCAUUAAAAUACAUUGUACUACAAUGUGAACAUUUUACUUUCUAGAACAUGAUGUUGCCCCGAAUGGGUUGAAAUGUGAGUCAUGCAACAGCCCAACAGAUGAUAUAUGCAACACAAACCUGUCAUGUGUGGGAAUCCAGGACUGCUGCUUCAAAGAUUUUUCAGACACCGGAACUGGCAAUAUGGACAAAUACCACUGGAAGGGCUGUGGCUCAAAAAAUCUUUGUGGACUCUUAGACACCAUCGCUAGCACUAACACUCCCCUUUACAAUAUACCUACCCAUAACACUAAACCUUCCUCCAACACUACCCCAAACACUAAACCUACGUCCAACACCAACCCUACCCAUAACACUAAACCUACAACUAACACUCCCCUUUACAAUAUACCUACCCAUAACACUAAACCUUCCUCCAACACUACCCCAAACACUAAACCUACGUCCAACACCAACCCUACCCAUAACACUAAACCUACAACCAACACUCCCCUUUACAAUAUACCUACCCAUAACACUAAACCUUCCUCCAACACUACCCCAAACACUAAACCUACGUCCAACACCAACCCUACCCAUAACACUAAACCUACAACCAACACUCCCCUUUACAAUAUACCUACCCAUAACACUAAACCUUCCUCCAACACUACCCCAAACACUAAACCUACGUCCAACACCAACCCUACCCAUAACACUAAACCUACAACCAACACUCCCCUUUACAAUAUACCUACCCAUAACACUAAACCUUCCUCCAACACUACCCCAAACACUAAACCUACGUCCAACACCAACCCUACCCAUAACACUAAACCUACAACCAACACUCCCCUUUACAAUAUACCAACCCAUAACUCUAAACCUACCUCCAACACCAACCCUACCCAAAACACUAAACCUUCCUCCAACUCUUCCCAUAACAUUAAACCUACAACCAACACCAAUCAUAUCUCUUACAAUAUACCUACCUCCAACACCAACCCUACCCAUAACACUAAACCUUCAUCCAACACAAGUCAUAUCUCUCACAAUAUACCUACCCUUAAUACCAAACCUUUAUCCAACACCAACCCCACCCCUAACACUAAACCUACAACCAACACCAACACUCCCCUUUACAAUAUACCUACUCAUAACUCUAAACCUUCCUCCAACACUUCCCCAAACACCAACAAUACUCAAUACUCUAAACCUACAACCAACACACCCCUUUACAAUAUAUCUACCCAUAACACUAAACCUUCAUCCAACACCAAUCAUAUCUCUUACAAUAUACCUACCGCCAACACCAUCACUACCCAUAACAGUAAACCUACCCAUAAUUCUAAACCUUCCUCAAACACUUCCCCAAACACUAAACCGACCUCCAACACCAACACUACCCCUAACACUAAACUUACCCCUACACCUAAACCUACUCUGCACAACAAAGGUACAUUUUGGCUGAGAGACCACAACUUCAUUCUUCUACUGAUUACUUUAAUUAGUGUCAUUUUCAUUUAACACUUUCAUUUAAACAUUUUCUUGUAAUAGGAUAACUCUGUUAAUUUCUAGUUCAUACUAAGUUACACUGAUGUCACAGAAAAUCGAAAUAUUUAACUAUUUAUUGUAAGUCACUCAAUGUGUGAAUAAUCAUGUGUGAAUGUUUCAUUUUUGAUGUUCCCCUGUUUUCAGAUUUGUUUUCAAUUAUUUCUUCACUGCCACUUUGUGGCUGCUUUUCAUAAUAUUACACUGUGUGACACUCAAAUGUACUUUAAUUCUACAUAAAAAGUUAUCCAAAAAUUAAAAGUGAGGCUGUAUGUACAUGCACAUGGUAAAGAUAAUUCCAUUCAGCCAAAGUUAUGUCAAACUUUUUGGAUUUGUUAUUGUUAACAGCACAUCUACAAUCAAUGACAGUAAAUGGGGAUAGGGUAUAACUGAUUAUUGUACUGCUUGAAAUUUGUAUAUUUUAUAUGAACGCUAAACAUGGUGUAGAGUGAAUGAAGCAGGGCUGCUUAACUACUUUAACAUGUUCAUCAUUAAAAAGACAUCAUUCAACAUGAUGUUCUAUUUGACGCUACAGUGACAUCUAGUGGUUGACAAAAAUAAAACAACACAGGCAUGUAGCUGCAUAUGUACAUUCAGUAACACAGACCACAAGCAUUGACUAUACUGUCCUACACCUGUGGACCAGCAGAGCAGCUUUUUGUAUUUAAAUUAGUGCUGUCAAUCGAUUAAAAAAAUUAAUCGGAUUAAUCACACAUUUUCUGUGAUUAAUCACGAUUAAUCACACAUAACAAUAAUAUUUUAAAAUAUACUUUUACAUUUGAAUAAUUUCACAUUUAAUCUUCAAAUUGAUGUAGAAACAACAUAUUUCUUUAACAGCGUCAUUUUAUGAAUGAAAGAAAACAUUUUGAUAUUAGUACUGUAACUGAUGUCUCUAUUAAAUUGAUUAUUUUAACAUUAAUUAUAGCCAUUCAACAAUAUAAUUGAGAGCUAUCAUGAAAUAUACAGAAAUUGAAGGAAGUUCUCAAACACUUUACAGUCUUUAAUGCUAAAUUAUAAAUUAAAUGCAGAAGAAUUCUCAUUAAAGCUACAAAAUCACAUUGAUUUCUUCUUUUAUUUUGUUCUUUGAUUAACAUUAGUGACAGGAGUCACAGCAGCACGUUUAAGAACGCGGCCCCUUUAAGAGCUGUCUCAGUACGCAGAUCUGACCGUCACUGCACUCCCAUUUUCACAACUCUUUGCAUUCAUUUAAGAUUUUAUUUUACACUUUGAAGUCUGUGCUUAAGAAAAUGCUAGACAAAACGGGCUUUCUGACAUAAUCUUGUGUGGUUUUAUCCAUUCAAGCACGAAAGAGAACUUAACACGGAUGCGCUGUCUGACAGAGAUUCACCGACGCAGCCUUCAGCCCGUGACUGUUUACACCAGACUGGACCUCGCGUUGCGUUUUGCCGCGUCCCACAGUUUAGAAGCUGUCUAUCUUCAUUGAACGCGUCAAAGCAACUGUUUAAAAUCGCGCUUAAGUGGUUUAAAAGCCUGUACACGAAUAAGAGCGUGAUUACAUAAUGUAACGCUAGACAAAAAAUGUCAAAACAAACGGAUGCUGCGUUAAUUGCGUUAAAUAUUUUUCACACGUUAAUUUGAAAAAAAUAAUCGCAUGCGUUAACGCGUUAACAUUGACAGCCCUAAUUUAAAUUAGACCAAUCUACCUUCUAUGUAUCUGACCUGAAAAAGUUGUGAUCAGGCUUGAAGAAAAAAGAUUGUAAGACUAGUCCAAGCAGUCUGUGCAACCAGCCACUGGACUUUUCACCUAUUACGAUGUAAACAGAAGUUAUAUUGUUAACUGAAUGUUCCAGGUGUUGCUGAUUACUCCUGUCUAAAUGUUUGUGCUGAUGUAUCAGGUUAAAUCAUUGGUUUCUCAGCGUCUUUACUAAAGUUUGUUUAAAAAUCUCUGUCAGCCUUUAAAAUUCACAAGGGUGUCUCCCAAAUGAAAAAGGUUUCCAACGUCUAAUCUAUUAAUUAUUUUACUGUUGGAUUUCAUAAAUGUUUGAAAACAUGACAAAAAUAUAUCUGUUGCUCUAUAACUGAAUUACGGGUUGGAUUUAAAGAUACAAUGCGUAUUUGGAGAUUAUAUUGUUAUAUAAUGUUGUCUUGGUGAUCAGUGUUCCUAAAAAUGAGCUUUUGAGUUACAGUAGGACUGGUCGCUUCUCACCAACGUGUAAUUAAUUUACAAAACCUUCUUUUGUCCUACCCUUCUCUUCCCAUAAAAUAGGGGCGUGGAACAUUUUGUGAUCUUUAAUGGAAAAAUAUAUGCAUUGAAUCUUAAAUAAUAGGAAGUAUGUUUGUGGAAGUAUGUUUGUGGUUUUUAAUGACUCACUGAUCAAUACACACUGAUUUAAAUUCUAUAACUCCUUUUGUAAGUUGACUGUUGACUCUUGCUCAUCAUGUGCGGCUGCUGUUGGGACUUUGUCUCUCCUCUUCACUCAUCCACUCAGUUCAAAUGCUGAUGUGUUUGAGUGAUUCAGGCCCUCAGAGCUCAUCUUUAGUAACCUGUCCUGACAAGCAUUAUUGUGCUGUUUUUAGGACCAAUUCAGGUGGUAUUUCAUUUCUUCAGCGGUCUUGCGUACCAGCUGUGCUAUUAUAUAGUAACCACCACCACCACCACCACAUCAUCAUUCAACGUUGGGUAUUAUAAUACGACUAUUUCAUGUUGCAACACAGAUGGCUGCAACAACGGCGAGACCUGAACAUGAUGCUGCCCCGAAUGGGUUGAAAUGUGAGUCAUGCAAAAGCCCAACCGACUAUACUUGCAACACUUGGUCAUGUCAUGUGUGGGAAUCCAGGACUGCUGCUUAAAAGGUGCACUGACUGAAGAAUUAAGAUUUUAAAUGUAAUAUUUAUAGAAAAAAUGAAUGGAAAAAGUUAUAAGAAAGAACAAAGUUAGAAAAGUACUGUAUGUGUAUAAUCUUUGACCCUAAUACGCUCAGCUAAAUAAUCCUGAUAAAAAUAUGCAUUACA